CAGGAAUCUACAUUGACAUUCUCGCUUCGUGAGUGUUUAUGACAAGGCGCCACAAAACAGAGCGACAAACCAUUCCACAAGGUGGUACGUUAAUACCUUUUGCCAGGUAGAGAUGGAAGAUGAGCUUGAGCUCUUCAUCAGGGAGCGUAAAGCAAGACUGGCCCAAGACAGAGCUAGUUUGGAACAUGACCCUCCAUACAUGGAAAUUCAGGAAAAACCUCAUAGAAGCUAUGGGUCCCUGCUCAAGGAGAACAUCCCCCCUGGAUUAACUGCUCAGAAGAAAGAUCUCCACAGUGACAAUGCAGGUACUGCCUCGGCUUUAAAAAGGUCAUCUGGAGUGGAAGUGGAAAGCAGCAAUGUGGGUCUUCCCCUUGGUGUGGAAUACCAAAAGAAGAAAGACAGGCUUCAGCAUGAGCUUCGUAUGGACUACAGAAACUACAUUGCACAGCAAGCGGGUGUCCUCAGACAGCAACCCCUUUCACGGAGGGACGUAGGCACUCUAACAGAAGUCCGUAAGGAAUCUUGCAGCGGUCUUUCCCCUCCUGAGAGUCCCAUACAUCAGGUCAGGCGACGAGAGACGACGCCUGUGGACCAGGAGUUGGAGGAAGAGCAGUACACAGAGCUCAGAAGUAGCAGGCGAAUGGGGUUGGACUGCAGUUACAAGAAGCCACAACCCAAAAAGGUUCAUGGCAGGGAAGAGAGGGACAGUCCUUCAGGUUUUGUCGGCCAAGGCAGACGAUCAAGAGCACUGAUCAAAGCUGAUGAUGCUGAAUUUUCGACCAGUCUUUUAAUUGGAGAAAUUCAUACAGAUGAAACCUUACAAAGGAGGAAAGAGCGCUACAGAGAGGAGCUGCAGGAACAGAUAGCUGAGCAGCACAGAAACAAACAGAGGGAAAAAGAUUUGGAGCUAAAUGUUGCUGCAACUGGGGUGAACGAUCCAGAGAAACAGCCCAACCGAAUCAGGCAGUUUGGACUGAGCAAGAGAAAAGAGUCUCAGCUGUCACGGCAUUCCAUGUUGGGUCAAAGCGAAACAUCAUCAUCAUCCAGCUUCCCUAAUCAUGACAAGCCAAGCGUUAACGGCAGGCUGAUGCCUCCACCUGAUUUACCACAUGGAGCCUUUCAAUCUCCGCUCAUUGAGUGCCAUGGAGAUGGGCCAACUCCCGAUAGACUGCCUGUUGGCCGCCCCUUCCCUAGAGCAAUGGGCGCUUCCAGAAUUCCUUUCCCCCCUCUUCAUUCCGCUCAUGCAGGCAAUGAAGCAUUCAGCGGUCCCUAUCCACAGCCCCAUUACUACUACAACAACAACAGAAAUCUGCCUGACCCAAACCUUGCCCAUUACGGUCAUUUGCCUUACCCUGCUAUGGGACUUCCCCUGAUUUACUACAACAUGUCACCUGGAGGAGAUGGGCCAAGUCAGCUUGGUGACUCAAGCCCGCAAAGUGGGAGCAGUUUCCCUGAGUCCUCACCACUGCCCAAUACCGAGACGAUUACAACAGGUCCCCAUACUGGGAUUAUGCUUCCAGAGAGGUCCAGGUCAACAAGGGAAAAGACUUUGGACUACGCAGAAUCCCUGAAAAAACAGUUUGCGACAUGUUGGCAGAACGAUGCCAGGGAAAGGAGCAGCAAGCUAUUGAACAAGAUUCAGGAGCAACAAGAGCGGAAGCGCAUAGAGAGGGAGGAGCGGGAGCGCUACGAUGCCAAGAUCGAAGCUGACAUGAAGAGGCAUCAGCCUUGGGGGCGAGGUGGAGGUGGAGCUCCACUCAAAGACAGUACAGGAAAUCUCAUUGCUGACCUCAAGCAGAUGCACAAGUUGAACGUAGAAGCCUGCAGUAACCCAAAACAGCAGCAGAGAGCCCCAGCUGUGACAGCCACCUUCCCAGUUGAAUACUCCAACCCUAACAUCAGCAUCUCUGGCCACCAGCUAGACAAGUUGAUUGAAGACGCUCACACUAACCUGGAACAGCAACAGGAAGCCCCAGUUGUGUUUGCAGCCGGCCCAGCUGAGAAUCCGAACGACAAGAUCUCUGGAUUCAACAAUGUUCAAAUGCCCCAGAUUGCCCCGGGCACUGUGUCUAAGCCUAAACAGCAACAACCUGAGGAGCAAGAGUACAAAGCUUACCUGAAAAAGCAGAUAGAGGAGAAGCUGCAAAAACAGGCAGAGGAAAGAGAACGGAACAGACUGGAGGAUGAAAAGCUAGAGAGGAAAGUGGCAGAGGAUAUGGCUCGGAUCAAGAGGGAGUAUGAAGAAGAACAAGAGAAGCAGAAACAAAAAGCGCUAUUAAAGGAAAAGGCCAGGGAACAGAAGGAUAUAGAAGCUGAAAAAAAGAAGACUGAAGAGAGGGAGAAAGCAGCACAGAAGAAACGUGAACAAGAGAAGCUUGCUCAGGUCAAGCGGGAGUUGUCCACUCCAGUUCCCACUCUGCAAAAGAGCCCCCAGUCUCCCGUUGUUGAGACCCGUCACUCCUCUCCUCCACGCUCAGAGAAGUCUUUGCUUGGCCGCCAGUCCCCCCCUGUCCCUGCUUGCAGGAAUCAACAACGAGCAGCAGUCAAUAAACGUGAUGUGUACAGUGAACUAUCAGCUUUGCGUCGGCAGCUUCGCGCUGAGCAAAAGCGACUUGAAAGUCAUCUGCAUCAGGGCGGUUGUGAUGAAAUGGACUCCGGAAUGACGGGAAGACACGCACGUCCACAAGUGGAUGUUUUUAAUAUGGCGAUGCUGCGGCUUCAGGCUCCAGUUCGAAAGCCCCACUCCAGAAAUAUGGAACCAAGUAAUCUGCUUCAAAUUCAUGACUCGCUUCAGCUCCACACAGAUCGAGAAUCAAGUCUCAGCUCCGUCGAUAUUGAGAGGAUGGAGAGAGUGGGUGUGGCCAGCAGGAGGAGGCAGAUUUAUAAUUAUCCGCAUCAGAAGCCCAGCAGCCAGAGAUCCACAUGCACAAAUGACUGUUUUGACGUAUACCCAACUCAUCAAAACGAUCGGGAGAGCGUGAUAGGAAGACAUGCAAGAGGAUCUCUCCUCGACUCUGAUAGUGCUUUUCUCGCUCCUUUGGGAGAUGUUUUUCCUGUGCCAAGUUCCCCAGAGACUGAAGAGACACCGCUCACAGCACGGGAAAGGAGGAGGCUGACCAAACAGUCAGAGUAUUCUUUGGAACCACUAGACAACCCCGCCAACUCCGGUAGCAGGAAGCGGCGAGAAGCAGAGUCGAGCAAUGAGGAAAAAAGCCAGGAAAAGAUGUCCCCAUGUCGUGCUGCAAACACAGCAGGAACGGUGGACCUGUCUGACGAUGACUCUUUACUUCCCCAAAUUUCUCACCUCAAUCGCAAACAUCAAAGUUCAAUAGAAUCCUUCUCAACCGAUCCCUGGAUGCGACCAGGUACUUCAGAAACAUCGUAGGAGUCUGUUCACUCUGUCACUGAUUUAGCAGAUUAGAUUUGAAGUUCCUGUUUGAUAUAUGACAAACGACUAGGUCAGUCAGAAUGUUUGGUCCUGAUUAAUAGCUUGGUGUCAAUGUUUUAUGACUUUACAGGGAAACCUAUUUAAUAAUUUAUUUUAUAUCGUUUUUAUGCAAUGAAAGUUUGAAUAAAUUAUUCUUCAGUAUA